CAUUUUAUAAAAAGUGCUCAACUUAAGCACACGUUUUAAUUUUCUUUUUUGCAACUUUUAUUUUGAUUAUUUGGCAAAACUUAUUGUAAAAAUCGUAGCAAGUGAUAGUUAAAAAUCUCAACUUAAUGCUCGGUGCAAACCAAAUUGAAUAUCGCAGUGUAUGACACAAAAUAAUCAACACCAACAAGGAGAAGAAGAGCAACAACUUCACAAAAUGUUUUCCAGCGAUGCCGAGUUGUUGCGCGAUCUGGCCAAGACGCAGUCGUCACGGGGUCAAUCGCCGCGUGAGAAGCGCGUCGGCCUCAUAGCUGCAAUGGGGCAUUUCAGGCCAAAAAACGCCACGCCCAUUCAGUUUUACAACUAUGUGAGAGAGUUUUGCAUAAUGCACAAUUGCAGCAUCGACGAGGCCAUGGAGAGGGCGCCCGACUCCUGGACGAAACUCAGCAAGGAUCAAAGGCAGCUCUACAACUCUGAGAUACACGCUGCCCUGCCAAUUCCUGUUCCCCGACACCUAAUCUAUCGCGCAUUCCAAAUGGAGCGCGCCGGCCGCUGGAAAAUUAGCUCCGUGCCCGCCGCGAAUGGUGCAUCCACAAAGUACUCGGUGGAGUCGUAUGCGCCGCCCGUUAAGCCCACCAAGAUGCAGGCACGUUUGCGGGCGCAGCAGCCCCGCUAUGACAACUUGGCCGAAACGUCGCCGUGCUGCCUGGAAUCGCCGCGAUCACCAAAGAAGCCGCAGGUGCGUACUUUGACGCCGCCCGAGCAACGCGCGCAACGGGCACAGCUGGAAAAGAGCACGUGCUCGCUGUCGCUCACACGGAUACUGUCCGAGGUGAGCCUCAAGGGUAUGCGCAGUGGCCGGGUCAAGGUGACGCCAGCGGGCAAAUCUCCCGGCGAGGUCGCCACCGAGUCCAAGCAGCAGCCGCAGCCGCCGCCGCCGCCGAAAAUGAAGCCGGCAGCAAAAAGCAAAAGCAAAAAACAGCUAAAAGUCACAUCAGCUGUGAGAAAGAAGCAGAUCGCCGUCAAGGUGAAGUCGGCAGCGAAGCAGCCAUACCCCGGAUUGUCCAAGACAGAUGUCAAGCGAAAGUAUCCAAAUAAUAAGAAAUAUAAGAAAAAAUCCUAAGCGAAACUUGUAGCAGAACCAGUUGAACAUAUCCAGAAUAUGAUUUAUGUUUAUUGUUUACCCCCACCCCUCCACACAAACACUUACCUCCCCCCACCCCCACCCACACGUACACACCACACAAAUCUGGAAUGCCUCACCAAAAAACAACCAAUACCAAGGACCCUUGAGGACCCAACACUACACAAACACACUCACAUACACACACGCACUCACACGCACUCACACGCACUCACACAAACACACUCACACAAACACUCUCACACACACAAACGAGUACACCUAACGAGCUGCACUUGAAAGCCAUUAAUAUAUAUUUAUAUGAUAUAUAUAUGCACGCACACACACAAGGACACAUACAGUUCCACACACAGGUGUGUACACCAAAAUCUCGUUCUAGUUAUCGAACGAUUGUCGUUGCUUAUCGAAUGUUUACACGAUUGUUUUAAUCACGAAUGCACCGAAUGUAUCUCGAAUGCUAAAUGGUUAGAAUGUUACUUGCUGCUGCCACUUAAAUUGGAUUCACAUCUACUCGAAAAUACUCGAAAACAAAAACCAAUUAAAUAUAACUCAUUGUAUUCAUUACACGUUUCCUAAUAUUGUUAAACCACAAAACGUUUAUACGAGUUGCUUUUUAAAGCAAAGCAUAAAAUACAACGUGAAACACACUAAACAUA